GAAGAAACAGCACUUUACAUCACGUGGUCGUUAGAUGUUACGUCAGGGGGGAACAGCGAAAGAACAAAAUGGAGGAAUAUGCCAGAGAGCCAUGCCCUUGGAGGAUUGUGGAUGACUGUGGUGGAGCGUUCACCAUGGGAGCUAUUGGAGGAGGAAUAUUUCAGGCAGUGAAAGGCUUUAGAAAUGCACCCUCAGGAAUGAGCCACAGAAUGAGAGGCAGUAUGACUGCCAUCAAAACCAGAGCUCCACAACUCGGAGGUAGCUUUGCUGUGUGGGGAGGCCUCUUCUCCAUGAUUGACUGUGGUUUAGUAAAAGUUCGUGGAAAGGAGGAUCCCUGGAAUUCAAUAACAAGUGGGGCCAUGACAGGAGCCAUUCUUGCUGCAAGAAGCCCCCAGUUUGCUGAGGAGCCUGCCCCAGCUUCCAUGCCCAGCGCUCCCUUUGGAGACUACAGACAGUAUCAGUGAGAGGACUCCCCACCUUCUUUAUCCACUAGGCCUUUUGGAAUUCCUUGCUGAAGUUAGGAAGAAGACGUGGAGGUUCAUUAUACCAUCACAUCACACAUUAGAAACUCUGCUCAACUUCAUGGGCUGUCAGAGAAGUGAAGGACAGAACCCAUCUUCGUUUACCUUCUUUCAAGAGCCAUGUUCUGAUCUGCCUUUAGCCAUUCUCAGCCUUUUCCCAUGCUUCUGUUUCACCCAAUUCUGGUGCAGUUCAGACAUGUGGUCCCAGUUGUUGGCAUUUGUGGGCUUGCGGGGACGAGGUGCUUUGUGUUUGGUUCAUAUACAGUGUGUGAAGCACAUAUCCCGGCAGAUGAGUUCAGUGUUCAAUCUAAAAAAUAAAAAAGUCAUAAAUGGAAUAUUAUGAAUAAUUUAAAUGACUAUACAGUAAAGACUUUCCUCAUGUAUACACUGAUGUUAGUCCUCAUUUGCCUUGGAAAUGUCACACGCUUGGAUUAUCCAACAUCUAGCUGGGCCUUUUAUUCUAUUUUAUUUUCAGUUAUGAAGGCGACCUCCAUCAGGCAUAAUACCAUUCCUGGAAUAUUAGUUUCUUAUAGAAUGAAUUAUUUAUUUUAGAUUGUAAAGACUAUCAGAUUGUUCUGUUUUACGUGACGUCAACUUGCAUUCAGAACUCAGAUGUGGAAGAGACUAAGGACAAAGGAUGGCCCAGGCACUUCAACCUAUUGUAAAACAUUCAAGCAAGGGAUUGAUGCAUAUUGUAUAAAAUCUGUAUAACAGAUUGUACUGUGGUACAAUAAAGACAUAAGUUUUAAAGUGUGUCCUUUAGAACUGCUUACCCACUUAUGCUCAAUAUUGUAAAAGGAUGGACAAUUGGUGAAAAUAACCUUAAUUUUUGAAUAUUAUCUGUGCAGAAAGGCUCAUAAGGUGUGCUCCCUAAGCAGGAUUGUGUUCUCCCCACUAGAGGGAACUCCUUUCAAAAACAUCCCAAAACUGAGCAGCUUCCCCCAUUAAAGCUAUGUGUGAAUGUAAAAGGACAGAGCGGCAAACAAUAAAGACUUGCUGAUGA